UCUCCCCCCGCCAGCCUCCGCAGCCCCGUACACCCCGUCGAUGGACACCCGCACCAUGUUCCUGCUGCUCCACUCGGUCACGGAGGACAACGCCCGCUACUUCCGGCAGCAGCGCUCGGAGCCGGCGCGCCGCUUCGCAGCGGCGUUCUCCCGGCUGCAGGAGGACGGCCGCGGGCUGCAGCCGCUGCUGGCCGCCAUGGCCCCCCACUUCUCCGCCCACGACCUGGACCUGGCCACCCCCGCCAACGGCUACCGCAGCCUCAGCAAGGUGGUGCGGCGGUGCGUAAUGCACGCCGUCCACAAGUCCCGCUACGUGGCCGCCAGCCGCCGGAGCGUCUUCUUCCGCGCCGGCCACAACCUGAUGGAGGUGGAGGCGUACAGCUCGGCGCUGAGGCAGCUGCGGGCUCUCGUCUACUUCGCCCACAGUCUCCUCGCCGCCAACCGGCACGGGGACCUGUUCUUCAGCGACCACGAGCGCGGCCUCUCCGACGAGUUCCUACGCGAGUCCAAUACCAUGCACAAGGGCUGCUUCUACGGGCGGUGUCUCGGAUUCCAGUUCAGUCCGUCGAUCCGCCCAUUCCUACAAACCAUCUCCAUCGGCCUGGUGUCCUUCGGAGAAAACUACAGGAAGCACGAAAGCAAAUUGGGCAUCGCGGCCACCUCCAUCUUCACCAGCGGGAAGUACGCCAUCGAUCCAGAACUGCGUGGCGCGGAGUUUGAGAGACUCACUCAGGUCACUGACACCAUCGCCAUGCCAUUGGCUGUCGACCCCACGCUGACGGUGGCCAUCACCCCCCCCGUGGCCCACUGCGGCCCCGGGCCCGUCCAGAUGAGACUCAUCUCCUACGAGCUGCGGGACGGACAGGUACCGGCUUGUGCCUCCACUCCGCACCGCACCCCGCGCUGCCCUGUCCCACACCGCACCGCGCCCU